AAUGAACGUUGAAGAAGCUUGAGAAGGUGAGGGGGAGAAUGGGAGUACUUAGCGAGUCUUCCAAGAGAAGACAGAUAAUAUUUGUAGUUGAUGCCUCUACAGCUCUGAGUGGCAUAUUCAAACACCUUCUCACGGACUAUAUCGUCCCGUGUAUCGAGUUCUUUAACGGUGGCCCUGUUGCAGAGAGCAAUGCUGGAGCUCAGUGUGUCAAUUACUAUGGUGUCAUUACAAUCAAGCCCCUGGCCCUGUUCUCAGUUCCUUCCUGUAACUACUUUCCGCUUACCUCUAGUCCGAGCGACCUCCUUCAAAACCUUCACAAUAUUUGCUUUGAGGGAAAUAUGAUUGAGCAUUGCUGUAGAGCUUCUGAAGGACUUGCUGCUGCUUUAGAGUUCAUGGAACUGACAAAGAGUAUUGUCAUUGGAAAUUCUGACAGCAAUGAAAUUGAGAAGUAUUGUAUAUUCAUCAGUAAUCUUCCACCAUCUUCGAUGCCUGUAAUGGAAUCUGUUACCUAUGGCAACAUGUCAUACAUGCAGCUGGCAGAGGAAAUGGCUAAGAAUAAUGUUAGUCUUUCUGUCAUCACCCCAAGAUGGCUCAUUCCUUAUGCAGACCUUUUUGUGAAGGGAGCAUUAUCACCUCCAUAUGAUAAUAGCAUACUCACACAUGCUGAUCAUGCUCUUCACCCAGGCUGUAUGGUUUUACUGAGAGGCUUAGAUGUUCCUUCUUUAAAGGCUCGUAAAGUAAAGAUAGAGCCAGACCCUCUCCCUCCCUCCUCCUCUUCCUCUGUCUCUCAGGAUCCAAGCCUAAUGGCUUCUGGUUUAGAAGAAAUAAAGGGAGAAAUAUCCGGACCUCCUUCCAUAUCUCAGCCUCCCUCUAUCCCUUCUCUUCCUCCUCCCUCCAUACCUCCUGACUCAGUAGUGAAUCCGUUAUCUGUCCCGCCCAUUUCUAAUCUUGAUGCCCCACCUACCACAGCCCUCCCUCCUGCCAUAAGGAAGACCUCGUCUGUCAGUUCCUUGUACGAUGUUCAAUCCUCGUCUUAUCCUGGUCUUAAGUCCUUGAGUCCCAAUGGUGUCUCCCCUAGCAACCCGGCUAGUGUUCCGGCCACCAUAAGUUCUCAUCCUGAUCUUGAUAAACCUCCUUUGGGUAUUCCUUCAUCUCUUAGUUCUAGUCCUCAGACCGGUGCUGUCCCCCUCACCUCUGUCUCUCCUCAGCGACCCUCCAUUUCUUCUUCCUCGUCUUUUCUCUCAGUCAAUGCUAGCAAUCCUUCCUAUAAGUCAGUCUCUACGGUUUCUAGUGGUACCACAGGCUUUACUGAUGCCACUGCUCCCAUUGGUAGCUCAACUAAUCCUAUUCAGAUUAUUUCAUCUCCUGGUGUUGAGAAUAAGCCGUUCACUAUGUCAUCUGUUCCUUCGGCGACUGGAACUACCCCGUCCACUUUGUAUACUCAGUCCUCCUCAUCGACGACAGCUUCAUCUCUAACGACUCUCCUCUCCUCAUCCUCCUCCUCUUCUGUCCCCAUUAGUUUCAACAGUGACGUACCACCAGUGGGUGGAGUAGGAGGUGGAGCUUCUGAUAGUAAUGUGACCACCUCAUCGUCCUCCAUACCAACAGCAGCUGCCCUCACAGCACAGCAGAUUGUAAUAGAGGCGGCCAGACAAGCAGCUAAAGGAUUACCCAGUCAGGGAACGCCUGGGAUCCCUCGUCCAUUUGGAGGUGUUACUACGUCCCUGCCUUCUGGGGGGCUCCCCUCGUCCAAUCCCAUUAACACUGGAGGGUUUACCAGUUUUCCUUCUUCAACAGCAGGUGGGUUUGGAGGACCAAUAGGAGGAGGAGGAGGUCAGGGAAUGAUGCCAUCUGGAGGACAAGGUCCCAUGCAGUCUUUAAAUGGCGGGGGAACAAUGAACUCCGGUCAAGGGGCAAUGGUAGGUCCAGUGGCUCCUAAUCAAAGCUCAAUGGCUUCCAAUCAAGUACCAAUGGCUCCUAAUCAUCAAGGGGGAAUAGGUUCUAAUCAAGGUCAGAUAGGUCCUGGUCAAGGUCAGAUGGGUCCUGUUCAAGGUCAGAUGGGUCCUGGUCAGGGUCAAAUGGGUCCCAAUCAAGGUGCAAUCGGGGCUGGCUCAGUUGGAGGAAUGCAGCAAAUGGGAUCACAGCAGCAAGCAAUGGGAGGAGGGCAGACUAAUAUUGGUGCUCAACCAGGACAACCUGCUAUACCACAGUUUGUUAAAAUUUGGACCGGAUACAUUGAAGUGGCUGAACCGAGACAGCAAAGGAUGCAGCCAAGACAAAUCCAAUGUCACAUGCUUGCUAAUAAACCAAUGGAAAACAAAGCUGAACUUAAACCUGAGCUAUGGCCUCAGAAGAUACUCAUGUCCGUACAUUUAAAGACAGUAUUUAAUGCUAUUAAUUCAAUUUAUCGGAUUAAUCAAGCGGCUCUGAGAGUGGUCCAGUUUCAGUUCAUGGAACCAGCUCAAAAUGUUUAUUACUUGAGGGCACUUCAGUCUAAUGAUGCUCAGAAUAAAAAGAUUGCUAUUGUUAAGAUCCCUAUCACCAAUGCCAAUCCGCAGUGCCCCAUCAAAGCUUUCUUCAUCAUUUGGAAUGAAAAAACACGUCAGUUUACUGGCCUAAUACCAUUAGAUCAGGAUACCUUUGUGAUGGCACUCAAGCAAGCAAUGAAAAUACAGCAACAGCAGCAGAUGGCUGGAGGUAACCCUGGUAUGCAGAUGGGUGGUGCAGGGGGUGGAGCUGGGGGUGGAGCUUAUAUGCCCCAGCAGCAACAACAAGGAGGAGGAGGAGGAGGAGGUGGUGGUUUGCAGCAUACGGGAGGAGGCAUGGGACCAGGAGGAGGAGGGUAUCCUCAACAAACUACGUCACAGCAGCAAAUGUUUGGAGGACAGCAGUCUUUUAAUCAAGCCCCACCAACUUCAACUAUGCACCAGUUACCUGCCUCAACAGCUCCAAUGACUGCUUCAAUGGGUUUCAACUCGUCUCAAGGAGGAACCUCUAGUGUCCAACCUCCUUCAGCUUCAGGGGGCAUCAGUCAUCAGUCCAUGAAUUCUAUGACAGCUCCGCCCAUAUCCUCUAAUAGUAUGGUGGGCGGGGCAGGGGGAGGAGCCCCAACGAGCAACCAGCAGCAGAUGCUAAACGCUUUGCAAAAUAACGAAAAGUUUAGAAUUGCGUAUGAGAAUGCUAACCCAGAGCAGAAACAGGCAUUUCUUAAUAAACUCGACCUGAAACAUUUUCAAUUUCAACAACAACAACAGCAACAACAACAACAAUAUCAACAACAACAACAACAAUUCCAACAACAACAACAGCAAUCCUACCAACCAGGGGGAGGGCAGUACCCUCCGCCCACACAAAACAUGUACAACAUGUCGUCCAAUCAGAUGCCUCAGUCAAUGGGGAUGCAACAUGUUCCAGGUCCCCAGCAGAUGGUGCGGCAAGGUGGGGUAGUGCCUCAGUCCCAGUAUCCUGCUGGCUCUGGGACGGCACCUAAUGACUUGUUCACUCUUUGAUGGUUUAAUUUUGAUGAUAUUUUUUUUCAAAGAAUGCGAGACUGUAUUUUUUUGUAUAAAACAAUUAUUAUUAUUAUUAUUGUUUUAAUC